GAGAGGCAUCCGAUAAUAAAACCAGCCUCCCGCAGUGCAUCUCCUGUGACAUUGUAGUUUAAAGAAGGAAGGAGAAUAGGAAGCGAAUCUCUCUCCUCUGGUUUGGUUUCUGUGAUCUUUGAAACCCCAACCGUUAGUGCCUUCAACGGAUUCCUGUCGUCAAAGCAUUAUGCAUUUUUAAUUACCGUGCUAGCCUUAGUUGCCGAAUAAUGGACGGAAAGCCGCUGGAGAAUGCAAUUGCUUCUCUUACCAUGUCGUUGGAUAGGGUUUCAUUACAUUUUCCAUCUUUAGUCCUUUCGCAACGCAACUUGAUCGAUGACCUUAGAGAUUGGAUUGUUUGAUCGACCGGAGGAAUAGAUUCCGGGAAGAAAAAUUACAUUUUUUUCCGUUUCCGGCGGCGUUCGACGGAGAUUCUAGCCAUGGCUGCAGAAAAAGGAAAUCUGGAGAGGAUUAGGAGGGCUAUUCGGACGGUUUUGUUCAUGUUGACAAUGGUAGCAUCGCUUCUGGUUUUGUCAGCACCUCUACUCGUCGCAGUCGGAGACAUUUUAGUGCCGUUUGUAUUGGUUUCGAGUUUUACAUGUGUGAGAUGCUAUAGCCUCAAAGAGCAUUUGCAGAGAUAUGGCUUCAGAAGUUCUCUGGUGGACAUUCCUCUUGUUUCCGUCAUCAGAUCUCUCGUCAUAACUUGUGUUUAUUCAAUGUGUGAUGGCCUUGGGCUCUCACACGGGCCUUAUCUUGGAACAGUCACGCUCUGUUCCUUUAUUUCCAUUCUCGUUCUAUCAGUGAAGGCAUGUACUUUUACUGUAAAUUCGGAAAUCGAGGCAGAAGCUUCAUCAUCUUCUCUGGCAAGGCAGAAGCUCCAUUUGAAGAAGUCUUGGGGGAUGCCCGUUUUGUUCCUCUCUUCACUAGUCUUUGCACUUGGGCAUAUCGUGGUGGCUUACAGAACUAGCUGCAGAGCGAGGAGGAAGCUCCUCUUCCACAGAGUUGACCCAGAAGCAGUUCUAUCAUGCAAAAGUGUGUUCUCUGGUUACCAGAAGGUCCCACGAUCUCCUACACCCUCUUCAGGAAAGACCCCAAAGAGUGACAGUGAAACAUGGCAAAAACCUUUAGCUAUAGCUCGCUAUGAAGGAGAGCUCCCAGUCAGAUUACUUGCAGAAAUUGAUAGCUUAUUUAUAGCCUGCCAAGGCCUCACUCUUCAUUACAAACUCAGCUUCUCUGAAUCUCCUCGCUCUUUAGCCUCCAGGCCCUCCACUACCUUUCUCGAUCCCAAUAUCAAUUGCACUUCACCAAGAAUGACAUCUGGAAGACUAAAGCUUGAUCGAUCACCUUUAACCAUCCCAUCUAAAAUCCAGUACCAUCUUCAUAGGAGCAUCAGUAACCAAUUUCAUGGUUCCUCUUUAUAUGACCCGUUAUUGGAUAGUUGUGCAGUUUCACCUGCUUAUGUGUCUGAAGAUAUUCCCAUUUUGAGCCUAAAUGAUGGUGAGACUGAAACGUGUCUCUCCAACUCUGUGAUUUCAGAAGGAGAUGUAGAGGCAUCUGGAAAAUUUGGUAUUGUUUUGGUCCAUGGGUUUGGAGGAGGAGUUUUCUCAUGGAGACAUGUAAUGAGAGUUCUGGCACAUAAGGUUGGUUGCACGGUUGCAGCUUUUGAUCGACCUGGUUGGGGAUUAACUUCUCGGCCACGGAGAAAGGAUUGGGAAGAAAAGCAAUUGCCUAAUCCUUAUAAGCUUGAUACACAGGUUGACCUCCUCCUCUCUUUCUGUUCAGAGAUGGGGUUCUCUUCUGUGGUACUUGUUGGACAUGAUGAUGGUGGCCUGCUUGCUUUGAAGGCUGUACAAAAAGUUAGGAAAUCUACAAAUUCUGCCCAUGUAGAGAUUAAGGGUGUUGUACUUCUCAGUGUCAGCCUGUCAAGAGAAGUUGUCCCUGCCUUUGCCAGAAUCCUUCUUCGCACUUCCUUGGGGAAGAAGCACCUGGUCCGUCCUCUUCUGCGAACUGAGAUUACUCAAGUGGUAAACAGACGUGCUUGGUAUGAUGCUGCAAAGCUUACAACUGAAGUUUUGAACCUUUAUAAGGCACCAUUAUGUGUGGAAGGUUGGGAUGAAGCACUUUAUGAGAUAUCUAAACUGUCAUUUGAAACAGUCCUUUCAUCAAACAGUGCUGCAGCAUUGCUAAAAGCAAUUGAAGACCUGCCAGUUUUGGUUGUGGCAGGUGCAGAAGAUUCCUUAGUCUCUCUAAAAUGUUCUCAAGCUAUAGCUUCGAAGUUUGUAAAUUCUAGACUAGUUGCAAUAUCUGGAUGUGGCCACCUUCCACAUGAGGAGUGCCCCAAGGCAUUACUUGCAGCGCUAUCACCAUUUAUAACCAGAAUCUUGUCAUCACAAGACCAUCAGCAGAGCUUGCAAAAACAAUAGCAAUUUUUAACUUAUUAUUAGUGUGCGCAAUAGUUAUGCAAGUUUCUUUUUUUCUUUCAUUAUUAUUUCUUUUCUAUUUAUAUCAAGAGUAGAGCUAAACAUCCACUCUCCUCUUGGGUAUUUUUGAGAUGUAGCUUGGAGCCAGGCCCUAGCUCUGGCCUCUAGGGUUUUUGAGCUCUCCCAUGUAUUCCUUUCUUUUCUUUUCCUUUUUGAGUUUCUUUUUUUUUUUUUUCUGUGAUGCUUGUUGAACAGUGAUUCUAGUUUUCCACCAAGGGAGUGGAAAAUGUCAUAUAUUUGUAUAUUAUUUAGAGUGAUGAUAAUGAUAAUUCAUCAGUUCAGAUGGAUUGUUCCAUAUCAAAUGAAAAAGCUAUUCUCUUUACUCA